CUCCAAGGAUGCAACAGCAGCAACAGCACAGAACGGCAGACGAUCCCAACGUUGUCCAGCUAGGACUUAUUUGAACACUAUGGAGACGCAUCGAUCCCCCGUUCCGAAAACCGUGGCAGUCUACCAACACGACGGAAGCAUCGUUCAGUUGCGGAUCGGCUUCUCCGAGGGCGUCGGCUUGCAAGGGCUCCGUUCUAUUGAAUCCUUGGAGUCGCUGUUGGUUGCCAAUAGGCUGUGAUUUUGUACGCGUAAGAACUUCAGGCAUAUGUUAUCUGGACUCGGAUUGCGGUGUAUUUGUUUCUCCACCGUGGAUCCUCCACGCUCAUUAUUACCACCGGAUUUUUUAAAAACAAUUUCCACGAUCGUCUGGUUUCCGAAAACCUAGAAUCAAUCGGUCAUCGUAGCAACUGAAUUCCAUGCUGCAACAUGUAUGCCGUGGAUCGAUUCUGCCAUUCUUGACAGGUCGUUCAGUCAUAUAUAUCCGCGAGCCUUAACAAAUCGUCGAUAACAACGCUAUCCUCAAAGAGCAGAUUUUUGUGCACAAAUAUUGGAACGGCAUGGAAGAAAUCCUCAAACUAUCGAUACCUCUGCUUAGAAACGAGAACUGGUGAGUGUGAUCUCGUAUCUUCCUCCUAGUUGCUUCCAAUAGUCACGGGGUGCAUACGAUCUUACAUCAUUCUGUUGCUUCCGCAGGCGGACUCGUGAUGCGAUCCACCGGCAUUGUUCGACGACACAGAAGAAGAUUCUGCUUUGGAAACACGUGGCAGAGGACGAGGAUCUAAAGAGUUGUUAUUACGAGCUCUUGAAAAUUUUCCGGAGCUGCGAUGUGUGGCGAAAUGUGCACCUUUCGACUGGUUUCGAGGAUGCGGAGAUUUCGCACGAGGAAGAGCAUGUUCGUGAGCCAAACGAGGCAAUCGGCAUGUACAAUCCGGACGGCAUUGGCAUGAUUCGGCACAACCCCGAGAUUAUGGUGCGGAUCUACGGCUACCUUUCACUUGGGGAUCGAAUAUACAAAUUGUCGCUUGUGGAUAGAGCAUUUUCAAGAGACGAGAUCCGAUCGGGCAUCGCCAGUGCCACGUAUGGUAAAGGAUUCAAUUUGCACCAGGCCUUGCUAGAACUGCGUCUCUGGGCACUCGAAGAGAGGCAAAGCGAUAACAUCGGGGAAGAACUCGAGCUGGCAUCACCGAGCGGAACAGGUAUUGCGUACCAGGGGCCGACUCUAAAACGAAAACGGGACGACGACUUUCACACGGAGCGUAUCUCAAAGAUUUCACGCAUGCUCGAGGCCGCAAAAGUAACCGAUAAGGAACCCUUGCUGUACGUCAGAUCAAAUCUGAAGAACACUCUGGUCACGCCUGGGAAGCGAGAACAAUGGAUGGCCCAACACAUCCAAGAGUUCCUUCGCAAUGAGAAUUGCAAGCUGCGCGGGCACUGCCAUCAGCGGAUACAAAGCCAGUCAUGGUGGAUGGAUAUUGUGCGCGUAGAAACCUUUCUCCGGCGUUACUUUUUCGACGGCAGAGUGAAUCGAUUGGAACAGCUGAUGCAAGACGUCGGCUUCCAAAACGACUACGAACGAUACAAGCGGUCUCAAUUCUUGAGCAGCAACAAGAUUUUCGACCACGAAAAACUGAUUUGGUGCCUCCCGGAUCUCUCUCCCGGAUGCAUUUUGUUGCUACCAGGCCUCGAAGACGACCAAGCCGGCGAUGCUGCAGGGAAUGUUGGUUGUUGGAGAGAACACCGAUUCAUGUCCUGCGGGCUCUGCGAAAAAUUGGGGGAACACGACAAGAGCAUCGUGGUGCGUUGCCGCCACGGGCAUCAGCGAUCCUUUUGCAAGAACUGCUAUCAUUCGUUGCUCGAUUGCCCCGGGGAUUCCAACGAUGACACCACUUCAGGCAUUCCUGUUCUCGAUCCCGUCCACAUGUUUUCUCCGAAACUGAGGAGCAGGAGCAUGAUUUGUGUGCAUUGUCUGCACAUAGCCAGGAGCUAGCUAGCAAGUAGUGAGUGCAUUCCAGCACUUGGCAUUGAUGACAAAGUGUUAACAACGAUCUAACUCUUUCUAAUGGUGGUUAGGAGUAUGGAGAUUUCUAUUUUCUUGCCGCGUAUCAAGUUCAGAUCGCUGAAUUGCUUAUUUUUACCCCCCCAUUCGAUGAUCACAAGUGCGUAUCACUUAAAAGCAUGUCAGUUAUAGAAGAGUUAUUUCCCCAUGCAUUCAUUCUUGUUGUGUAUUUGUUUUUGUUUACUACGCAAUUCAUCCAUUUAAAUUUUCCCUCCUUUGCCUUGUUGGACCGAUUCCGGAAGUUGUCACCUUGCAAGCAUCCUUGCUUCCUAUACUAUCCAUAUAUUGCAAACACCUUAAAAUGGUCAAACGCCAUCGGGCAAUGCGCGCUACGAUUGCGCCGCCAGAGAGUCUGCGGGCGGCCCGUUCCCCCCGGGUACCAGAAUCGCGAUCUGGUUGCCGUUCAGCAGUAUUUCGUUGUCGAUGACGGUUUUGAUGAAUUUGGAUUUGUCGUUUGGAUCGGGCGUGUACUCGGUGGCGUCGUCGAGGACUAGGUUCACGUAAUCGUCGAAUCCCCGAAGCGUUCCGACGACUUCUUUCGAGCCGCGCAUCAGGAUCCAGAUCUUCGAUCCGAUGGCCUUGUCUAUCAGUUCGAGGGGGAGGAUUCGGGUCGCCAUGGUGCUGUUUUGUUGCUGAUGCGUUGGUCUGAUGCAGUUGGUGUUUGCGGCCACAAUGAAAGAUGAAAGGCGAA